ACAAUUAAAGUUGAAGGUCGUCCUUAGCAUGACUGCAGGCGAUAAGUUGUCGGGUGUGCAGCAGCUGUUAUCGACGAGGAGCGUAAUAUCAGAUAUUAAACACUCAAUCGCUAUCAAGUGUGAAAACAUCUUAAAAUCUCCGGAGGAAAAUGUAACAUGUAUAUUCUCAUUUAUCUCUCAAGAUGAACUUACUUAGAGACAUUAUAAAGACUUUUGAAUCUGAACAUUUCCGAAAACUCAGACAAAUUAGGGCUUUGGUUAUUGCCUCUUUGUGUGUCGUUUUCAGGGACGUGCUACCUGCUUACCGCAUACGACCUGCUACUGAGAAAGAAAAGUCACAACCGACUAAAAAAGAAACUAGGAAAAUAUGGUAUUAUGAGGAACACUUACUUCUAAACUACCGGAAGUAUACUGAAUUGCUCAGAGUUAUCCUAAGAGGUAAUCGCAUUAAAUACAAUUAUUUCCAGACAAGUGUUUGGACAUGAAGUCUCCUCGUUUGAAAAUAUACUCAAAAUUGGAUUGGAAUGAAGUAGUCUUGCAAUUUUUUAGUGACGUUUUGCAGAACGAAAAGCUAACUGCCAUAAGGUGCGUCUGUCAGCUCUUAGAAAGUCAUCCAGACUUCAACUACAGCAAAGAGUUAAUAGAAGUUUUACCCCCUUACCUCAACAUUACAAGGACGCAGGUUUCUUCACUGAUAAUAAAGACUCUGAAUAACAUGUUUGAAAACGAUGCUGAUCGAGACGUUACUCUAACGGUACUAUUCAAUUUUUUUCAGUUGACUUUAAAAGAUCUGUCGUACCAUUCAUCGCUUUUGUCGGUCAAAGUCUUAUAAAGUUGGAGUCUCCGUCAUCAAGGCUUUGUCCUGUGUCUCUAUUACAGAGGUCGAACGCCAUGAAGAGGAAGGAAAGCCUAAGCUCGAUAGGCGUCUACGUUCACGGCGUGAAAGAAAGGAGUCCAAAAUGGAGCGCAAACUUCAGAAGGAAAUGGCUGAAACCCAGUCCCUUCAAACAAGAGAAAAACGUCUGAAAAUGAACACCUUGGUUAUGAAUGAAGUACUGUUUGUUUUCUUCAAAAUUUUGAAGACAACAUCUGACUCUGAACUUUUGUCUGCCAUUUUUAAAGGAUUAUCUAAAUACGCCAAGUUAAUCAACACACAGUAUGUAGACAAUCUUAUGUCUGUUCUAAAUGGAAUGGUAGCAAAAAAAUCAACCAGCAUUGUGGAUGGUCUACAUUGUGUACAUACAGCUUUGUCUAUCAUAUCGUCAUCUGAUGCGUCUGAUGUUCUCACUACAGAUCCUACUGCAUUUUGUAAUCAUUUAUACACUAUCCUGGGACGCAUCGUGGGCGUCGGUGUGAGUGAUAUAACAGAGAGUGACAAUGCAGUUUCUCACUUACCUUCCAUAAUCAAAGCCUAUGAUCGCUCGAAUACCCCAGCUGCACAAGCUGCUGCCAAUCUUGUGCAACGAUCUAAAAUCACCGAAAGUUCGAAUAAAACUACAUGUCCAGAUGAAACCACUUCUGUUACUGCCAGUAUAAGCAAUAGGAUUAGUGCGUACGAAAUGGAACAUAUCUCAGAUACCCUUAUAUCUUGUUUAAAUAUACUUCUUGUGAGAAGAAAACAUGAGGUUUCAACCAACCGAAUCCUCGCAUUCUCGAAGCGUUUAUCUAGCGCAGCUUUGGCAGUAUCAGAUCCAUACUGCUCCAGUUCCUUGCUUAUCAAGCUUUUCCAUCUUCUUCGUCUUUUUCCGCGUUGUGAAAUUCUAUUCGACUGUGAUCCAGAAAUAUGCAGUAACUAUAAACCAGAUUUAAAUGAUCCAGAAUUAUGCUUUCCUGCCAGCGCAUGUUUAUGGGACCUACUUCUAUUAAAAAAGCAUUCUGAUCCCGUGGUAAAUCAACUAGCUAAUUUAAUUAUGCAAUGGGGAAACGAUGUUUGUGUUGGGGGGAUAGGAGUUACUUCGACAAAACAGUACAUGCUACAUAUCGAUGGGAGACAAGUUUCUUUAGACCAUCUAACGCAUCUGUCAUCUGAUGAUCUCCGUAUUGAAUUAAAGACGCUUAUCGAGAAAGACAUUAGCGUUCCUGAAAUACAAUCCACAAAACAAAUAAACACUUCCGAUUUCCAGUUAUCGGAUUCAUUCAUAAAAUAUUUAUCAGAAUAUGAUCUAACUUCAGAUGUUGAGCCACCAGCAAAGAAAAUGAAGUCAUUAUAAUAUUUUAUUUAAAUUAAGCUAGUAUUCCUGUAAAGUUAAGCGUACUAGAUGACGCUUGAAUAACUCCUACUUUUUCAUAUACACAAUAAAAUUACCAUAAAAUGUGAAUCAAUUUUACUUGACAAAAAUAAACACAAAAUAACAGGCUGGUA